CCCAGACGGGCUCGUAGGCGAUGGCGAUGCGCGCCCACUCGGCCUCCGAGAACUUGCCCUUGAGCGCAGCCUGCGUGGAACGGACGCCAUCGACGCGACCACAUUACGUUCAAGUUCAUUUUUGGCUCCGGGGCACUGACCAUGUGGUCGUCGAGGACGACGGCGUCGAUGCGGCCCGCCUCCCGCUCCUCGAGCGUCUCGCCGACGCAGACCAUCACGCUCAGGCCCGCGUCCAGCGCCUGCUUCGUCUUCGUCGCGACGAGCGCCGACGACUCGCCCUGGUUCGUGCGGCGCUCCGAGUGGCCGAGGAUGACCCACUUGACGCCGUAGUCCGCGAGCAUCGCCGCCGAGAGCUCGCCCGUGUAGGCCCCCAUGCCGGUCGCGGAGCAGUCCUGCGCCGCGAUGGCGAUGUCCUUGCGCAGCGUGCCCAUGACGGACCGGAUGUGGAUCGACGGCACGCCGACGACGACCUCGCACCAGGCGGGAAUGUCGCCCGCGCCGUUCAGGGUGGCGACGAGCGCCGCGGUCGACUCCUUCGUGCCGUUACAUUUCCAGUUGCCACCGAUGAGGUACUGCUUGCCGGGGUAGGGGGCCUGCGGCGCGCCGGGCGGACCCAUGAACGCGGUCCUGGCUUGGCUCUGUGCAGAUGGGUUGGGGCGUUGUCACCGGCGGUGGGGAGCGGGGGCGCUCUCGUCCUCUCGUUGCGUUACUCUCGAUCGCCGCGGCAGCGUUAUUGUGUCGCGCGUCUCUCAGCUCAAAAGAACGACACAACUCGUUCCGUGCCUCGCGUAGUCCCCGUUUUAGAAAACGGCCACAGCCUCCAGCGAGGACGUCCUGGAGCAGCGUUAAGCGCCGCGAAUGCGAGAGCGCUGCGGCCCGACGAUGAGACGCCCCUGGUGAAAACGCUGGGGGCUUACGAGUAGCGAAGCCAUUGUUAUACGGCUGGAUGCGCGACAGGCUGUGAGAGGC